AGUUUUUUGUUUUUUAUUUUUUUAAUAUAGCAAAUUAGAGAUCAUCUCUCAAUAUGCGAGAAUACAAAAUUGUAGUUCUUGGCAGUGGUGGUGUAGGAAAAAGUGCACUGACUGUUCAGUUUGUCCAAGGAAUAUUUGUGGAAAAAUAUGAUCCAACAAUAGAAGAUAGUUAUCGUAAGCAAGUUGAAGUUGAUGGACAGCAAUGCAUGCUGGAAAUCUUGGAUACUGCAGGCACAGAACAAUUUACUGCAAUGCGAGAUUUAUACAUGAAAAAUGGACAGGGAUUUGUUUUGGUAUAUUCAAUUACAGCACAAUCCACUUUCAAUGAUUUACAAGAUUUGAGAGAACAGAUACUCAGAGUUAAAGAUACAGAUGAUGUGCCAAUGAUUCUAGUAGGAAACAAGUGUGAUUUGGAAGAUGAAAGAGUAGUUGGUAAAGACCAAGGUGCAAAUCUGGCUCGUUCUUUUAAUAAUUGUGCCUUUCUCGAAUCAUCUGCUAAAGCCAAAAUUAACGUGAGUGAGAUUUUCUAUGAUCUUGUAAGGCAAAUCAAUAGAAAAAAUCCAGAGAAGAAAAUAAAACCACCACCAAAAAAAUGUACAAUUCUGUAACCUAGGUAAAGAUUAAAAAAAUUUCUUAAAAAUGUUAUUUUUCAAAUGCAUAAUGCUUUGAUAAUU